AAAUAAAACGCUAAACAUCUAUUACUUCAAAUAUUGGUAUGCUGUGUAAUAUACACAGUUUUUCUUGUGAUUGUGGAUAAAUAUAUGGCAAUAGUUGUCAACAGUUCACAAAGAUUGAAGUAAUCACGGAUCGAGUAAUAUUAUUCCAAGAAUUGUCCAAAUGAGUACGGCGACACCUGUUGCUACUUUAUACCUCAAUGUUUGAUGCAAAGGUGUGGAACAGAGCCAAUGAAAACAGUACAAAUCACCUACUGAUGAUUCAACCUUAGGAGGGAAGCAGCUAUAGUCACUUGCGUACCUAGCACUAGUAUCUGACCUUUGAACUCUUGAAAUACAAAAUGGCUCACUUUAUUAGUUUCUCAUUGAUGGUAAUUCUUCACAUCAUUGUGUUAUUUACAAUUAGUGAAACUCAAGCAGCCAAAUCCGAAGAUGCUAACAAAUACAUUCCAAGUAAGUCAAAAUUAUUAAAAGCCAAGAAGCAGAAUACAGCAGAAGAUACAUGCAGUUCCUGCUGUGUACGUGGGGAACCAGGUGCCCCAGGACCACCAGGCAACCCUGGGAUACCAGGCAUGCCAGGAAACCAUGGCGGUAACGGACACAAUGGUAUACAGGGAUUGCAGGGAAGUAAAGGAGACAGGGGGAAAGAUGGCAAGAACGGUGUAAAUGGUAAACUAGGCGAGAGAGGCCCGAAGGGACCAUCUGGACAAAGAGGGCAACCAGGGUUACAGGGAAGAGCUGGUCCCCGAGGACCACCUGGUGCCGGUAUGACACAAAACAAUAAUGUGAAGGUAGCAUUUUCAGCAGCACGUGUAGCUGCCCUUUCAGCAGAUUCCGAUAUGGAUGAGAUCGUUACUUACGGGAAAUUAUUCAUUAAUGUCGGAGACUGCUUUGAUCAGCACACUGGUAUUUUCACGGCAAAGGUCCGCGGAGCAUACGCUUUCACCUUCCACAUUCACACAGCAUCGCGUACCAGCUCACCGUAUGUAAAGUUGAUGAAGAACGGAGAUCUACAGGUUGCUGUUCAUGACUACGAUUCUAGCGACGCGUACGAUUCAACAAGCAACAGUGUAACUCUGGAUUUGAUGAAGUCUGACAUGGUUUGGCUCCAGCUUGACCAGGGCAAUGAACUCCAUAGCAACAGCAAUCGCUAUACAACAUUUAUGGGACACCUCCUUUUCACCCUAUAAAAACCCCAAUGUAAAGCCUGCCCUAUUACACUUUACAUUUUAUAACUGUUAUAUUUAAACUAGUAUAAGUAAUCAUUAUUCCUCUCAUUUGCAAAUCAUUCAUAAUUUUUAAUGAAAAAUUAAUCUAAUAAUGUCCAGAAACAAUUAGUAAUAGCCUUAUUAUACUUAUUUAUACUUAUUGUAUUUGUCUAUGGACUGCUACACAGUACAAAUAUUGCCUAAUGAUAAGGUUAAUGCUGAUAAUGUUGAUGUUGAUAAUGAUGACAAUAAUGAUGACUACGAUGAUGAUAAUAAUGACAAUGAUGAUGAUGAUGAUGAUGAUGAUAAUUAUGAUUAUAUUGAUGAAAAUAGUUACAUGAUUUGUUGAUUUUUAGUUGGUAAAACUAAAGCAUUAAAAUCCUUACAAAAUAUAUUAAUUUCCCACAAAUUUAAAAAGUUAAAGAUUUAAUUCUAUCUUUGUUAAUCAUUAUUACUACACCUUUGUACAGAUUUGUGCAGUCCUAUGUAUAAAUGAGAGUAGAGAAGAAUUAAUUUAUAAUUUACUUACCAUUUUUAAUGAUUCAUGUACAGUUUAUUAGAGAAUCAGAAGUGUAAAUAAAAAAGGGUAGAGUGCUUAAGUGAAAAUUUUACAGCUUAGUUUAAAAAAAAAUAAAAAUAAUUCUCAAACAUUUAAUACAAUAAAAUAAUAGUAAAUUUCAUUUUAUGUAUGUUAAAGGUCAUGGAAGUUAUUCAACAGGGAAGAAAUUAAAGAAACUUAAUGCUGGUUUGCAAAA